AUGACUGACAAUGAUAUUUAUUCUGUGUUACAGUUGUCUACUGAACCUCAAGCCCAGAAUGACUACAGACCACAGCAAAAAGUUUCUUCUUCCAGGUUCCCUCUCUCAUGCCAUGGGGCAAUAGCUUUGGGACUUCUGAACACCAUUUUUAUGUGUUUCCUGCUUGUCCAGUGGAUUCGCUGCCAGGGUGCCAACCGUUCCAAGUGUACCACUUGUCACAGUUGUCCAGACCUCUGGAUGAAGUAUGGUAACUACUGUUAUUACUUCUCAGUGGAGAAAAAAGACUGGAAUUCUAGUCUGGAAUUCUGCCUAGCUGAAGACUCACAUCUCCUUAUGUUCACAGACAACCAGGAAAUGAGACUGCUUCAAAAUUUCCUCAAAAAGGACUUUUACUGGAUUGGUCUGAGGGACAAUUUUGGCUGGAGGUGGGAAGAUGGAUCAGCCCUAAACAUCUCAAGGAUUCUUUCAAACAGCUUGAUACAGAAGUGUGGUACCAUCAGCAAAGAUGGUCUCCAAGCCUCUAGCUGUGGAGUUCUUUUACAGUGGGUCUGUAAGAAGGUCAGACUUUGA